GUUACACGUCACCAGCCCAAACGGUGGCACGCUGUGGGGAUAGGGAACUGCAGGGGUUAGCGGGGACCGUGUCCGUCAGUUAACGACACGUGGUGUUGAGAACCGCCUGCGAUUCCCGCGUUAUCGCGAUUGGAGGGUGUUGAGAGGAGGGCGUAUCCCGACGAGGAUAAAGUGACUAAAAUUAGGUGGUGUGCAUUCCCCAAGCCUGUGCUUGUGUUGAGGGAAGGGUCAGUGAUUUUGUCAUAAGUAAAGUCUGUGACCAGUUGAAGGAUCUCAACAUGUGGAUAAUGCUAAUAAUGGUGUCGUUUGCGGUGUCAUCGCAAUGCUCCGGUCUGGUAACACUCGAGGGCCGACACCCGCUGGUGUCACCCACGGCGUGUCACGCCUUUGGGCCGCAGGCCGUCCUCGAGGCCCUCAAGCAGAAGGUGGACGUCGUCAACGCUGGGCAGCAAGAUAAAUAUCACAAAAUACUCAGAUACCUAACAGAAGCUCCGACGCUGCUUGAUGACUACUACAAGGGUCCCAGCAACACCCUGCCUGCGGAGAAUGACGCCGCUCUCUCACGGCUGGAGAACUCGCUCCGUCGGCGCCUGGAGGCUCUGAGGCUGGACGUGCUGCUUCCCUGGGCGCGUCUGAUGCAGGUUCAGGAGCUGGCUGAUGUCAGGGGACCCCGGCAGGCGGCCAACAGGGCUGCCCUCUACACCAACCUGCGGCUGACGCUCAAUGACACCGAAUUUGUGGAGCAAGCUGUGGUCGACAACGUAUCGGGGCUUGUGGAAGAAUUCAGACAGCUCUUUUUGAUGUAUAAGGAUAUCAUGGCGUCGUGGCUGUCCUCGACAUGGAUGUCGGAUACCCCGGCACAGAAACAGGAGACGCUCAACAACAUCUUAAACGAAGAUUUCCCUGCUAUGCUUGGAAAGCCUCUCUUCUAUUUCUUCGAAGACAAAAACUUGGACAUCUACUACCCAUAUCCCUGUGGCUAUGAAGAGGUUUUCGAGAUAUUCCGAAAGCUGCGAUCAGUGGCUAAUAAGGUAGAGUCGACUUCCGGGGACGAUGCCAAGUGGAAGGUCCUGCUGGAACAGUUGCCGAAGAACGUCAAACCGGAUCCUCCGGCGCCAAUGACGCAGGCGCAGCUGGACAUGGAGGAGGAGUUGCUGGCCGUCCACAUGAUCGACAUGCUGACUGGAUACCCGAGACAAAGAAGCAAAAAGUACUAGGGCUGUGAUAUGAUAUGUGCAGUAGCGUAAUUGUUCGCUUGUGGCUGGAAAGUCGUUAAACGGCGUGAUUUUUUUGUGUUGAAGAAGGUUUCGAAUAUAGUUUUAGGUUCAAAAUAUGCUCUGUAAAAUAACAUGUGCCUGAGCAUUCCGUUCUUGGGGAGAAAAAAAAUGCAUUUCUUUGAACG